ACACAAGGCUGGUAAUUCGCAUAGUUCGUCGACUUUUUUUUUUUUUCUUUCUUUCUUCGCACACAUACAGUGAAGAAGUAAAGAAACAUCAGACACUGCCUCACAGCUCCCGUGCUUUUUCGGUGCAGAUUUUCAUAGCUAAGUAUAUAUUUAUUUAUCCCUUAGGAGUGCACUGACACAACGGUUUUUCAUGAAAAGACCCAUUUUUAGGAUUUUUUUUUUCUUCAGUGAGUCAACGUGAAUGUUGGUGUUGAAAAUACAAGUUGGCUGAUGUGGAUGCUGGGGACCAGUGGAGCAGGAGAAGCACUGUCUUCAGCACUGUGACAGGAGUUUUUCCACACUGCAGCUUAUUUCUUGCCUGACUUUUGCCUGGGUGCCAUGGAAGCUGUUGGAAAGUAUGAUUUCAACGCGGCCGCUGAGGAUGAGCUGAGCUUCCGAAAAGGGGACCUUCUCAAGAUACUGAGCACCGAGGAUGAGUGGUACAAAGCAGAGUUGCACGGCCACGAAGGCUACGUGCCCAAAAACUAUGUAGAAAGACACGUACCCAGCUGGUUUAAGGAGGAUGCCAGCCGCAACUCAGCCGAGGAGAUGCUCAUGUCUCGCGAGAUUGGAGCCUUCCUCAUCCGCGGCAGUCAGAGCUCACCGGGAGAUUUCUCCAUCUCUGUAAGGCAUGAGUCUGACGUGCAGCACUUCAAAGUGAUGAAGGACAACAAGGGGCACUACUACCUUUGGGCAGAGAAGUUUACCUCCCUCAACAAACUGGUGGAGUACUACAAGACAACGUCCAUCUCCAGACAGAGGACGAUCUUCCUGACUGACGGCAGCAGGGCCGAGCGGGAACUGCCCAUACCCCAACAGGUAAAAAGGGGUAGUGUCCCAGAGAGUAGGAGUCCCCUUUCCAGUGGGUAUGGAAUGUCCAGCGCUGCACCACCUUCCAGGAACUUUGAUCCACCCUCCUUCCAUCAGCAAAAGCGGUCCGGUCUCGAGGAAAGAGCACACACCAUCGGAGCAGUGGGAGUAGGUGUCUCGAAGGGCCCCAUCUCUGUUCCCCGGAGAGUGUCCGAGACCAUGCCACUCACACAGCGCCCACUCAAGCAAGUGAGAGCCCUGUACGACUUUAUGGCGGAGGAAGAGGACGAGCUGGGCUUCAACGCGGGGGACAUCAUCGAUGUUCUCGACUGCUCUGACCCGUCGUGGUGGAAGGGGCGACUGCGAGGCAGAAUAGGACUCUUCCCAUCUAACUAUAUCAUGCCCAUGUGAGCGGAGCUUGAGGUCCUGCAGUAGAAGUGUCCCCGUGCCUUGGCUUUCCGGGACCACAGCUGUCCACGGUUCAUGAAGACAGGGCUGGAACUUCAGAGCUACAUGGCUUUGCCAGGAACACAAAAAGAGUAGAGACAACUUUACACAAAGUCCUUAACUACAAAUGCUGUCGAUUGGACAGGGGCAAUAUAUGGUAAAACAGGGCCUAUUGAUCCCGAAUUCCAGAUAAAUGCGUUUAUGUGUCAGUAAGUUGGUUUGGUUGGUUGUUUCCACAUCAAUGUAAUAAUGUCAGUGAAGCAUUUUAAAUUGACUAGAAAGAAUGUGCCCUGGUGUGUUUACACUGGGGGAAAUUCUUUAUCAGAGGCACAAUAAAAUUAACUGAGAACUUUAGUCGUGUAAUAAAUACGAGAAAUGGGGUGGGGGCGGUUGACAGAGGCGGAAGGGCAGUGCGGAGCUGUGCUGUGUGACGGGUUUAUGGAAAUGGACGGGUGGAGAGACAAGGACACCAAAAUGAACAAGUGUUCCAGCUUUUAUGCUUUAAGGACGUACACUUUCGACCAUGCUACUUUUACCACAGACAGAGACAGGAGCUAACUAGAGAUGUUUUUCAAUCAACCUAUUAGUCUGAUGGUAAAAAGUAAAGAAGCUUCUCCUGUUAAAAAUAUUUAAGAAAAUGUUUUAAAAGUGACUGGAAAGGUUAAUAUUGUUCCUACUAAUAACUGUAAACGUCACAUCUGUGUUUUAAUUAUCCAUGCAAGCCAUAUAAAAGUGUGAAUUUAUUAUAAAACUGCUGAAAGGAGAAAUGAGAAAGUGACUUCCCACCAAGCUCUGUACCGAAUAUAAACACCGAAAAUAAAUGCUGAAUCCUGAAA